AUGGAUGUCAUCCCCCACAAGAAUGCUUCUUGGGGUCGCGCCCACGACCGCAGUAGCAUCAAGCACCAGAUGCUAUCGGUCUUGUUCCUUUUGUUCUGCCCCCUCUGCGUCAUUCUCGCAAACGUCAUCCUUUGCGAAUAUGAAGGGUCCCUGAUCUCGUUCCUUCAGGCGACCCUCGACGGCAGCAUUUACCGAGCCCUGACGGCGUACGAUUUCCAGUUCGACCAGAACGCCCUCACCACCUACACCACCUGGGUGCUCUUCCAGGCGGCUCUGUUCCAGUACCUGCCCGGUAAAGAUAGCUUAGGACAGCAGACUCCCGGAGGAAACAUCCUGCCCUACCGCACCAAUGGCCUGCAGGCUUGGUUCGUCACCCACAUCGUCUUUGGCGUUCUCUGCUGGCUCGGCCUCGUCGACGCCGCCAUCAUCCCCAAGCAGUGGACUGGAUUGAUAUACGUGACCAACAUGGCCGGCGUGCUGCUGUCGGUCUUUGUCUUCAUCAAGGCCUACGUCGCGCCGUCAUAUGUUCGUGAUCGCAAGUUUAGCGGAUCCAUGAUUUACGACUUCCAAAUGGGUAUCGAGCACAACCCAAGGAUCGGAGAGACCUUUGACCUGAAGCUCUUUACCAUUGGUAGAGUGGGCAUGAUGUCCUGGACCAUGAUCGAUAUUUCCAACGCCGCCUACCAGUACCAGAAGUACGGCAGCGUAUCGCUUUCCAUCAUCUGCGUGUCUUUGCUCCACGCUGUUUACGUAGUGGACUUUUUCAUCUAUGAGGACUGGUACCUCCGCACCAUCGACAUUGCCCACGACCACUUCGGCUUCUACCUGGCCUGGGGUGCCACCGCCUGGAUGCCGGUCAUGUACACCCUGCAGGCGCAGUACCUAGGCCAGCACCAGACGGAGCCCUCGAUGAUGUACGUCGCCAUCACUUUUGCCACAGGCCUGAUCGGCUACGUCAUCUUCCGGACCAGCAACAACCACAAGGACCGCGUCCGCAGCACCGACGGCAAGUGCAAGAUCUGGGGCGCCGCGCCCAAGUUCAUCCGGGCCAAGUACACCACCUCGGACGGAAAGCUGCACGAGAGCAUCCUGCUCUGCAGCGGAUGGUGGGGAUGGUCGCGCCACGCCAACUACGUCGGCGACGUCAUCCUCAGCUUCGCCAUGUGCGCGCUCGUCGGCACGACCAGCGGCAUCGUGUGGUUCUACGGCAUUUACAUGGCCAUCCUGCUGGUACACAGGUCGUACCGCUGCGACAAGCGCUGCCGUGAGAAGUAUGGCAAGCAGUGGGAUGAGUACAUCCGGACUGUGCCGUACCGGUUCAUCCCGGGCAUCUGGUAA